AUAAAAGUAUAAAUUACAAAAAGGACAAGGAAGACAUUUCUGUAUGUAUGUUACAUGAAAACCAGAGAAUCUCCGAAGAAGCCUUGUCAAAGUGUUUGGCUUGGCUAUGUCCGCAGUUUUUCUGCGUCAUCCACUUAAUUUUUUCGCCAUUUUCUCCUUACUUCUCACUUUUAAUUUCUAUCUUUGUUUAUCUAUCUUCUUCGCGAAGAUUGCGCAAUUUUACCCAGAAAUUGAGGGAGGCAUCGUCCAAUAUUCGGGAGAAGUCAACGAGCUGCUUCAAUGGAGGAUAAUAAUCAAAAUAAUGGUAGUGACAGUAACCGAAUUCCUUUAAUGGAUGAUGGAGAACUUGAAUUUUCAAAUCAAGAGUUACUUUCUAGUGCAAACAUUGGCGAGAUUCCUAGUAGUGGAUCAAUGGAUAGUUUCUUUGAUGAACUACUGAGGGAUUCUCACGCUUGUACUCAUACCCACACUUGUAAUCCCCCGGGACCGGAUUUAUCGCACACACAUACAUGUUAUCAUGUGCACACUAAAAUCCUUCCUCCUCCUAGCGAAGAAGAGAAGAGUGGUAACAAUGAUGAUUCUGCUGAAUCUGAGGAACAAAAAACUAGGAAACGGGGGAGGGAGCGAGGAGGCAAUAGAGAAGCUGUUCGCAAGUACCGUCAGAAGAAGAAAGAACACACAGCCUCACUGGAAGGGGAGGUGGUGAAAUUGAGGGCUAUAAAUCAGCAGUUGUUAAAAAGGUUACAAGGUCAGGCUGUUUUGGAGGCUGAGAUUGCAAGGCUCAAGUGUCUCCUUGUUGACAUAAGGGGACGGAUUGAAGGGGAGAUUGGGUCUUUUCCGUACCAGAGACCAAUUAAGAGUGGGGAUAUGUAUCAAAACAUGGCUGGCUCUAGCGUACCUGGUUCUUAUAUGAUUCCAUGUAAUGCUCAGUGUGGUGAUCAGCUUUAUUGCCUCCAUCACGGCAUUGAUGGAAAAGCCGAUGAAGGUGGGGCCUUGAAUGCUCAAGGUUUCAGUGGUUGUGACUACGAAAACUGCAUGGUUGGUUUGGGAUCUGGCUCUAAGGAUCAUUUUAGUUGUGGCACAGCAAAUGGGGCAACCACUGGUGCUUCAUCCGGCAAUGCCAGGAAAAAAAGCUAACCAUAUGCCGGUAGCAAGUUAACAGGUCAUUGUCAAUCUAUGGAGGUAUGGAGCUGGGUCAUUAAUGUUCAGCAACUAGACGUUGAUUAGACGUGAGCUGUGAACAAGGAACGCCUUGACUGUCUACUCAGCAGGAAAGUCUUUUUGGCUCAGUCUUGUGAUAGUUAUAUUUGAGUUUCAGUUUGGAUAUGGGUGUUCUCGUGUUUAUAUGGUUCUUUCUUCUGCAAUAUGUUCUACAGUUUCGUCGAGGAGUGGAGGCGUUUUUCCAUCAGUUUUUGUAAUCCUAGAAAAUGUACGUAUAAUAUGUUGCUGGUUCGUUAGUUUUAAGUUUCUUAUUCGGUGAAUUUUAUCUCUGUCUGACUUGAGAACUUAUACAUCUCCAAGGAGCUCCAAGUUCUUCAUAAUUUGUGAUCUCUUUGGAUUCUGUAAUUAGCUUUUGUUACAGGAUUUCUUGAAUUUUCCUUCACAUUAAAUAAAUUAUUUAGUCCAGUA